CAGUCACUCAUGCACCAAAUCUGCUGAGCAUUGGCUGAGUGUGCCUUGAUGAGGGCGCUUUUGAUGGCAUUCUCCUCCCAAAACACAAUAUCUGCAGCCAAAAAGGCUUCGCAAAUAUACUCAGCGUUGGUGCUCGCAGGAAAAGGAAAUAAGAUUGCCCCUAUCUCCCCUGUGCGUGCAGACAUGUUAAAAGCAUAAUCACUUUGGAUUACCAUCCAGCCCUCCUCGGUUGGUCUAGCACGCUCAUGAUUACCCUUGUUCUUGUCCUUGUUGCGGGUAUUUUAUUUGCCUCCCAAGGAAGGGGGACCCCCUCAUCCACGGCGAUAUCUCUUUUCCGCAAAGUAUCGAGCAAAUAUUUUCGAUACUUCGCAUGGCAUCUUAGGUAGCCCUGCACGAAAGAGUCCUGAGGUAUCAUGUGCAAGGGAGGCUCUUCAUACUUAGAGCAUCCUUCCUAGAAGAGCGGCUUGCUGACAUCUCUAAGGUAUCAGAGUAGGAGUGACUUUGAGAAGUACUUUAGGUAUGAAAAGCCUCCCUUGUCUGACUUUGAGAUGUCAUCAAGCCGCUCCUCUAUGAAGGAUACUCUAGGAAUGAAGAGCUUCUUUGUUCAUGAUACCUCAAGACUCCUUCGUGCAGGGCUACCCAAGAUGCCUUGCAAAGUAUCGAAAACAUUUGCUCUAUACUUUGCGGAAGAGAGGCAUUGUCGUGGAAGAGGGGGUCCCCCUUCCUUGGGAGGCAAUUAAAAUACCCACGACAAGAUGAGAACAAGAUUAAUCGUGAGCGUGCCUAGACCAAUCGAGGAGGAUUGGAUGGUAAUUCAAAGUGAUUAUGCUUUUAACAUGUCUGCACGCACAUGGAGGAUAGGGGCAAUCUUAUUUCCUUCUCCUGUCAGCACAAACCCUAAGUAUAUCUGCAAAGCCUUUUUGGUUGCAGAUGUCGUGCUUGGGGAGGAGAAUGCCAUCAAAAGCUCCCUCGUCAAGGCACACUCGGCCAAUGCUUAGCAGGUUUGGUGCAUGAAUGACUAGUCAGCAAUGGUUGAAUACAUCCACGAGAAUUGUGAAACCCCUGAAGCACACCUACCAUUGUGAUGUUAGGGAGUAUGUUACAUGUAUAUAGCACCAUCACUUGGUGCACACCUGCCAUUAGUUUUGUAAGUUUAACUGAAUUGUAGUCACUACCUCUCGUUUCAACUCAUUGAUUCUCGAGGAUAACCUAUUACUAGCUACUCUUUUAACACCAAUACAAUCAUUGUUCUAGU